AGAAGAAGAAGGAUGAUGAUGAUGAUGAUGAAGAAGCUAAAAUGACAACACAUUUGAAAGUGCUGCCUAUUCGGAGUAAAAAAUACUACACAGUGAAGACACACUUUAAAAAAGAGUAUUGCUUUAUUAAUUCCGAAGACAAAAUGGCUUGAGAUUCGGAAUUCAGGGAAACAAGUGCCGAUUCCACGGUCUGGAAUUGGAAGCCUAUUUCGCAGUUGCCCUGCGUUGACUCCGUUUGUACCGUUUUAGGAGAUACACUGGAUGUAGCUGCAUUUCAGGAUGGACAAAUGACGAGGUGUAGGAUUUUCGAAUGACAGUUGUGAUAUAACGGCAAGCUAUCUAGGUAGCUGUUAUAUUUUUUGAUGCAAUAUAUGCAUUGUUCUCCAAAACGAUGAUGUGUGCUGCUGCAGCAGCAGUCGGUGGUGGAGGGAUUGUGCCAUCCCCAUUACCUUCGAUGCGGCUAGGCAUCAGCGGCAUUUCUGGAGUUGGGGACGAUUUCUCCUCUUUUGGUUCGGGAAUGGGUUCUUGUCAAACACCGGGAACCCAGUCGGAUUGCCGAAGUCGAUACCAACUUCUACUCUCUGGGCGAGCUUUAGCGGAAAGAUACAGGAGGAUUUAUUCCACGGCUAUCAAUGACAAGGAACAAGGGAUAAACCAAGGAAGGGGAAAGAAAGCUUUAAACAAGAAGAAGCUGAAACGGCGGCAAAAGUUGAAGUUAAAUGUCAAAACAGGAACAAAGACAAAGAACCUUGAUGGGGUCUUCUGCAUGCCGGAAAUCAAGCUGCAUAGCAACCCAUCAGCGUUCAACGUGUACUGCAACGUGCGCCACUGUGUGCUGGAAUGGCAGCAGCGGGAGGCGUCCCUGGCCCUGGCCUCCAGGAGCUCUGUGCAGAGCGGCGACUCGGACAGCGAGGAGGAGGAGUUCCGUGAGCCUGCCAUCAAGCUUCCCAAGAUUAUUGGCAUUGGUCUGUGUGGGGUGUUUGAGCUGAUCAAGGAGACUCUGUUUUCCCACCCCUCGCUGUGCCUGCGCAGCCUACAGGCCCUGCUGGACAUGCUGCAGGGACAACAACCAGAGGGCUUCCAAACCGAACCUCCUGAUGUACUGGAGUCUUUGUUUCACCUGCUGCUGGAGACAACGGUGCGCAGCACAGGGAUGAAUGACCCCACGGGGCAGGCCCUCACCGCCCUCUCCUGCGCCUGCCUCUUCAGCCUGGUGGUGUCCUGGGGAGACACGGGCAAGACCCUGCAGGCCGUCUCCGCCAUCCUCACCAACAACGGCAGUCACACCUGCCAAACUAUCCAGGUGCCGACCAUUCUGAACGCGCUACAGAGGAGCGUGCAGGCCGUGCUGGUGGGCAAGAUCCAGAUCCAAGAUUGGUUCGGCAACGGCAUCAAGCGGGCGGCACUGAUGAACAAGUGGGUACUGAAGGAGGUGACCGUCAAUGAGGCUGAGCGCUGCCUGCUGCAGACCGACGGCUCUUUCCUCUACCUGCUCUGCAAGGAUGGCCUCUACAAAGUGGGCUCCGGCUACAGUGGCACCGUCAGGGGCCACGUGUAUAAUUCCACAUCAUGCUUCAGGAAUUGGAUGGAGAAGAGAUCAUGGUUGGGCUUCGCUCAGGGCUGCCUGUUGUACCGGGAUAUGAGUAACAACCACAGUACAUCGGCCAUCAAGAUCGACCCAGAGACUCUGGAGCAUGAGGGAACCAUCACUAUGCCAGGCCUACAGACAGACGGCCAGAGCGUAGUCUUCACUGACGGAGAACACAUCAACCAAAUCACUGCCUGCAAAGACGAUGGGUUUGUGGUGCGGAUCUACGCAACCAGUACAGACCCAGCACUGCAGCAGGAGCUUCAGCUGAAAAUGGCCAGGAAGUGUCUCCAUGCCUGCGGCAUCUCCCUGUUUGACCUGGAGAAAGACCUUCACAUCAUCAGUACAGGGUUUGACGAGGAGGCAGCAUUGCUGGGAGCAGGCAGGGAAUUUGCUUUGUUGAAAACUGCCUCAGGAAAGAUCUACUACACAGGGAAGUAUCAGAGCCUUGGCAUCAAGCAAGGUGGUCCAUCGGCAGGUAAAUGGGUGGAGCUGCCUGUCACCAAGUCCCCUAAGAUCAUCCAUUUCUCGGUGGGCCAUGACGGCUCACACGCCCUGCUUGUGGCCGAGGAUGGCAGCGUGUUCUUCACCGGCUCUGCCAGCAAGGGAGAGGAUGGAGAGUCCACCAAAAGCCGGCGCCAACCGAAGCCCUACAAGCCCAAGAAGAUGAUGAAGCUGGAGACCAAGACGGCGGUGAACACAGCCUGCAACAACGGCAGCAGCGGCAUAGUCACCAAAGAUGGAGAGCUCUACAUGUUCGGCAAGGACGCCAUCUACAGCGACAGCACCUGCCAGGUGUCAGACCUGAAGGGUCACAUUGUAACCCAGGUAGCCAUGGGGAAGGCCCACACCUGUGUCCUGACUAAGAGUGGAGAGGUCUGGACGUUUGGGGUCAACAACAAGGGCCAGUGUGGCCGAGAAACAGGGGCCAUGAACCAGGCAGGGAAAGCAUUUGGCAUUGAGAGCAUGGCGACCGCCAUGGAUGAGGACCUGGAGGAUGAGCUGGAGGAGAAGGAGGAGAAGAGCAUGAUGUGCCAGUCGGGCAUGCACAAGUGGAAGCUGGACCAGUGCAUGGUGUGCACUGUGUGUGGAGACUGCACCGGCUACGGAGCUGGCUGUGUCAGCAGCGGACGGCCCGACAGAGUACCCGGAGGUAUCUGUGGCUGUGGUUCGGGGGAGUCUGGCUGCUCAGCAUGUGGCUGCUGUAAGGCCUGCGCCAGGGAGCUGGAUGGACAGGAGGCCAGACAGAGGGGCAUCUUUGACGCUGUCAAGGAGAUGAUACCACUAGACCUGCUACUAGCUGUGCCUGUCCCUUCCCCACCAGGAGUCAACAUCCAGGAGCACAUCCAGAUCCGGCAGGAGGAGAAACGCCAGCGGAUCAACCGUCGACACCGGCUGGAGGAGGGACAAGACGGGAGCAGCGAGCAAGGGGAGAAGGACGCCAGUAAGAUCACCACUUACCCCCCGGGGGCGGUGCUUUUUGACUGCGAGAUGACAGCUGUGCAGGUUAGCUGCGGCCUCCACCAUUCAGUGGUGCUGUUGGAGAAUGGGGAUGUCUAUACAUUUGGCUACGGUCAGCAUGGCCAGCUUGGACACGGAGAUGUCAACUCAAGGGGAUCUCCCACACUGGUGCAGGCUCUCCCAGGUCCGAGUGUCCAGGUGACAGCUGGUAGUAACCACACGGCAGUGCUCCUCAUGGGCGGACAGGUCUUCACCUUCGGCAGCUUCUCGAAAGGGCAGCUGGGUCGGCCAAUCCUGGACAUGCCCUAUUGGAACGCCAAGCCCUCCCCCAUGCCCAACAUUGGUGUCAAGUACGGCCGCAAGGCCAUUUGGAUUGGGGCCAGCGGUGACCAGACCUUCCUGAGAAUAGACGAGGCCCUGAUCAACUCACAUGUCCUGGCUACCUCCGAGAUCUUCGCUAGCAAAGACAUCAUCGGCUUAGUCCCCACCUCUGUAUCGGAGCCCCCUUCCUUUAAAUGCCUGCUCAUCAACAAGCUAGAUGGCAGUUGCCGCACCUUCAACGACUCCGAGCAGGAGGACCUGCAGGGCUUCGGCCUCUGUCUCGACCCCGUCUACAACGUCAUCUGGAGGUUUCAGCCGGCGUCAAAGGAGAUGUGUUGCUACAACGCAGUUAUAGCAGAUGGCCGUGUGCCAUCGGCCACGGACCUAGAGGCCCGCUGCAGCAUCCUCAGCCCAGAGUUGGCACUGCCCGAUGGAGCCCAUGCACGCACCACCCGCUCCCACGGAGCCCUGCACAUACUAGGUUGCCUGGAUACGCUGGCGGCCAUGCAAGAGCUGAAGAUGGGCGUGGCCAGCACAGAGGAGGAGACUCAGGCUGUUAUGAAGGUCUACUCCAAGGAGGACUACAGCGUGGUCAACCGCUUCGAGAGUCACGGGGGUGGCUGGGGUUACUCUGCCCACUCGGUGGAGGCCAUCCGCUUCUGUUCUGAUGCGGACAUCCUACUGGGGGGACUGGGCCUGUUCGGGGGCCGUGGGGAGUACACCGCAAAGCUCAAGUUGUUAGAGCUGGGGCCUGAUGGUGGAGACCAUGAGACGGAUGGGGACCUCCUGGCUGAGACUGACGUCCUGGCCUAUGACUGCGCUGCCAGGGAGAAGUACGCCAUGAUGUUUGACGAACCGGUGCUGCUGCAGCUGGGCUGGUGGUACGUGGCAUGGGCCCAGGUGUCUGGGCCCAGCUCAGACUGUGGCUCCCACGGACAGGCCACCAUCACCACAGAUGACAGUGUGGUCUUUCAGUUCAAGAGCUCCAAGAAGUCAAACAACGGUACCGAUGUGAACGCAGGUCAAAUACCUCACCUCUUGUACAGGCUUCCGUCGAACGAUGGCAUCGUAGCCAAAGGGAAACAGCAGACCAGUGAGCCGGUUCACAUCCUCAAACGCUCCUUCGCCAGGACCGUUUCAGUGGAGUGUUUUGAGUCCCUGCUGAGGAUCCUCCACUGGAGCUGGACUACCCUGGUGCUGGGGGUGGAGGAGCUGAGGGCCCUGAAAGGCUUCCAGUACACAGCCACCCUACUGGACCUGGAGCGCCUGCGCUUUGUAGGGACCUGCUGCCUGCGCUUGCUCCGCGUCUACAUCUGUGAGAUCUUCCCCAUAUCUGCCAGCGCCAAGGCGGUGGUGGAAGAGUCCAGCAAGCUGGUGGAGUGGGUCGGCAACACCCGUAGCCUGCUCAAGAAGAUCCUCUCGGAGGGCAUGGACAACUGCCUGACCAAUCUGGACAACGACCCUCAGGGCUACCUCUCCCAGCCCCUCACCCUGCUGGAGGCCGUGCUGCAGGAGUGCCACAACACCUUUACCUCCUGCUUCCACUCCUUCUACCCCAAGCCCGCUCUGCAGUGGGCCUGCCUCUGCGACUUGCUCAACUGCCUCGACCAGGACAUCGCCGAGGCCAACUUCCGCACAUCGAGCAGCCGACUGUUGGCAGCGGUGAUGUCUGCGCUGUGCAACACAUCAGUCAAGCUGUCAUCCAUCUUGCCCAUUGCGUACGACGGCGAAGUGAUGCUGCGCUCGCUGGUCAAACAGGUCAGCACGGAGAAUGACUCGGCGCUCGCACACCGCUUCCCCCUGCUGGUGGAGCACAUGGAGAAACUCAGCCAUAGGGAGGAGAACCUGAUGGGGAUGGCCAGUUUCCGGGAGGUUCUUGAGAAGAUGCUGGUGAUCGUGGUGCUACCGGUGAGGAAAAGCCUGAGGAAGGAGGUGGAGGUCUUCUCCCCCCACCUGGUCUCCAACACCUGUGGCCUGCUGGCCAGCAUCGUCUCUGAGCUCACCGCCUCUGCCCUGGGCUCCGAGGUGGACGGUCUGAACUCGCUUCACUCUGUGAAGUCCACUCCCAACCGCUUCACCAAGACGAGCCAGGGCCGCAGCUGGAACACAGGCAACGGCUCUCCAGAUGCCAUCUGUCUGACAGUGGACAAGCCUGGCGUGGUGCUGGUGGGCUUUUGUGUCUACGGCGGCGGAGGCAUCCAUGAGUACGAGUUGGAGGUGCUGGCUGAUGAUGCCCAGACGGAGCACCCUGGGGAUUCGGUCCACACCCACAGGUGGACGUCUCUGGAGCUGGUCAAGGGAACCUACAGUACCGAUGACUCUCCCAGCGACAUUGCCGAGAUACGCCUCGACAAGGCCGUGCCACUGAAGGAGGGUGUGAAAUAUGCUGUCCGCCUGCGUAACUAUGGCAGCCGAACGGCCAAUGGGGAUGGAGGGAUGACCACGGUUCAGUGUUCCGAUGGCUUGUCCUUUACCUUCCGAACCUGUAGCCUGAGCAGCAACGGGACAAACCAGACUAGAGGACAAAUACCACAGAUGCUGUACUACAGGAGUGAGUAUGACGGAGAUCUGCAGUCCCAGCUGCUGAACAAAGCCAAUGAGGAGGACAAGAACUGCAGCAGGGCUCUCGCAGUGGUCAGUGCAGUGGUCAGAGCUGCCAAGGAUCUCCUUCACAGGGCGUUCACUGUCGAUGCAGAGGACAUCCCUGAGCUGCUGAGCUCUUCCAGCCUGUUCUCCAUGCUGCUCCCCCUCAUCCUGGCCUACAUCAGCCCUGUGGCUGCCUCAGUACCCAAGGCCGCAGUGGAAGUCUUUGGUCUGGUCCAGGAGUUACUUCCUGCUGUCUCCGCUUUGAACCAGAAGUAUGCCCCACUGGCUUUCAACCCCAACCAAUCAACAGACAGCACCACGGGCAACCAGCUGGAGCAGGGCCUAUCGGCAUGCACCACCUCCAGUCACUAUGCUAUAAUAGAGAGUGACCACCCUUACAAGCAGGCCGGAGUCACACAGUAUAUGGUGUCAUUCCCGGACUGCGUACGGUGGACCACCAUCGAGUUUGACCCCCAGUGUGGCACAGCCCAGCCAGAGGAUGUCCUUCGCCUGCUCAUCCCCAGCCAUUCGCUCCACCUGUCCAGCCUGAGCACCAAGCCCCUGGCCCACGACACCAGCAACACCUGGGUGGAGCUCAAGAAGAUCUCUGGCUCCAAUGGCUGGCCUACCACUGUCCUAGUGCUGCCAGGAAACGAGGCCCUGUUCUCCUUAGAAACUGCCUCUGACUACGUAAAAGAUGAGAAGGCCUGUUUCUACGGCUUCAAGUGUGUUGCCGUGGGUUACGAAUUCAACCCCGGACCAGAUGAGGGUAUUAUCCAGCUGGAGAAGGAGCUGGCAUACUUGGGCAGUGUGUGUGCUGCUGCUCUGAUGAAGAAGGAUCUGGCUCUUGGGAAUGAACUUGAAGAAGACCUUGAGAUUCUUGAAGAGGCCUCUCUCCAGGUGUGUAAGGCCCACUCAGGUAUCCUGGGCAAGGGUCUGGCCUUGUCCCACUCCCCCACAAUCCUGGAGGCUCUGGAGGGCAACCUGCCCCUGCACCUGCAGACCAACGAGCACUCCUUCCUGGAGGACUUCAUUACCUGUGUGCAGAACUCCAGCGGAGGACGCCUGGCCAGGUGGCUGCAACCGGACUCCUACGCGGACCCCGAGAAGACGUCUCUGAUCCUGAACAAGGACCACAUCUGCUGCGGCUGGCCCACCACAGUGGCCGUCCAGACCAAAGACCAGUACGGAGACGUGGUGCAUGUGCCCAACAUGAAGGUGGAGGUGAAGGCGGUGCCCGUCUCCCAGAAGAAGUCCAUGCAGCAGGAGUGCAUGAGGAAGAUGCAGCGUCUCCCAGGCAGCAACAACCCCUCCUCCUCGAGCACUCCUGACCUGACCUUCGGGGGCCUACCCAUGCCCAAGCUGGAUGCCACUUACGAGCCCAUGAUCGUCAAGGAGGCUCGCUACAUCGCCAUCACAAUGAUGAAGGCCUAUGAGAACUACUCGUUCGAGGAGCUUCGCUUUGCUUCGCCCUCUCCAAAGAGGCCCAGUGAGAACAUGUUGAUCUGGGCCAACACAGACGGGACCUACAGCGCCAACUGGACCCCCGGGGCUGUGGGCCUCUAUACCAUCCACGUCACCAUCGACAGCAUCGAGAUCGGUAAACCAGACCAGGAUGCUGGUAUGGAGGUGGAGGUGAAAGACCCUCCUAAAGGCAUGAUCCCACCUGGCACACAGAUGGUUAAACCCAAGGCCGAGCCCCAACCUAGCAAGGUCCGCAAAUUUGUGUCCAAGGACAGUGCAGGCCUCCGCGUGCGUAGUCACCCCUCCCUGCAGAGCGAACAGAUAGGCGUAGUGCAAGUCAAUGGCACCAUCACCUUCAUUGAUGAGAUCCACAAUGAUGAUGGUGUUUGGCUCAGGCUGAAUGACGAGACAGUAAAGAAGUAUGUGCCCAACAUGAAUAGGUACACGGAAGCCUGGUGCCUCUCAUUUAACCAGCACAUGGGCAGGAGCCUGCUGGUCCCUGCCGACGAGGCCAGGGGCCAAUUGGAGCAGUGUGUUGAGGUGAGCGCCAGCGGCCGCCCCUCCCAAGAGGCCCCCUCCAUGCGGGAGCAGGACAGGGUGAGGCAGGGUGGCAGCGGCCCUGGCCUAUAUAAGGUAGUGAAGACGGGCCCCUCCAUGCGGGAGCAGGACAGGGUGAGGCAGGGUGGCAGCGGCCCUGGCUUUUAUAAGGUGAUCAAUACAGAGGGGACGUGGGUGCAGCUGGACAAGAAUAGCGUGGUGGAGUUCUGCGAGAGCAACAAAGGAGAGGCCUGGUCUCUGGCCCGAGACCCUGGGGGAAACCCGUACCUACGCCAAGGGGAAGAACAAACCCUGCUAGAGCAUGGGGCCCAGACCCCCCCAACUAGCCCCUUUUCUGUCCAGGCCUUCAACAGUGCUGCUGGAGCCAUUGCGGCCAACGGGACACAGGGCUUCAACUAUGGCAUCUCAAGCAACAAAGAUGGUUCUUCAUCACACAGCCUUGCAUCUUCUCAUGAGUGUGUGCACAAAAUCAGUAUGUCCGCGGCUGGGCAUGGUUCUGCUCUCUCAUCUCUCUCUCUCAGGCAAAAGGCCUCUAAACAACGACAGAAAAGCCACUCCCCAAAACUGGAGGGUGGACGCUCCUCGGACAACUCCAAAAGCAAAGACCUGUCGGCCAGCGAGGCACUGAUCCUGAGGUCAGACACGGCCAAGCUGCGGUCAGACUCUCAUAGCCGCUCUCACUCGCCCAACCAUAACACCCUGCAGGCGCGGAAGGCCGAAGUGCGUGAUCGUGACUCCACCGGGCUGCGCGCCGAAUCGCCCAACCCAGUCUCCCGCUCCUCUUCGCUCAAGCAGAAGGGCCUGUCCUCCUCCUCGGGGAAGUAUAGCCCCUCUAUCACCUCCUUGGUGUGGUCCUCCUCCCCACAGCAUGACCAGAACCUCCCUCCCAAAGUCAGCCCCUCCACGGCUCUGCUGGACCCGCCCAGAGAGAGAUCCAAGUCGGACUCGUACACACUGGACCCGGACACCCUACGGAAAAAGGUCCCUCUCGCCUCGGAGCCACUGAGGGGAAGGUCCACCUCGCCUAAACCCAAACUAUCUCCCAAGGACAGGUGCAGCAAAGGAGGUGACAUGAACAUGGAGAACCGCAGCCCAUCACCCCAUGUGACCCAGGAGGACCUCCACAGGGAGGUGGUGAUGUGUACGUCUAUUGCUCUUCUUUCCGAUGAUGAAGGAAAUGAUGAGAACGUUGACGUGAGCAACACAGAGGAGGGCUCUUCCAAGGUGCACUUCAGCAUCUGCAAGGUGCCCAUCAAGGAUGAGGUGGAGAGCAGUCGCUCGUCUGCAAAAGUCAGCCGCAAGACCUCCAGCCGCCACGUGCGUCCCAAGAAGGACAAGUCUGGCCCGCUCUUCAAGGGCGAGAGCUCAUCAGGGCUCACCAACACCACCAAGCAGGCUAUGUCGCCCUCGGUGGCAGAGUGCGCCCGGUCGGUCUUCGCCGCGUUCCUCUGGCACGAGGGCAUUGUCCACGACGCCAUGGCGUGCUCCUCGUUCCUCAAGUUCAACCCGGAGCUGACCAAGGAGCACGCGCCCAUCCGCAGCUCGCUGGGUGGCCAGGGCGGCCAAGAGGAGAAGGAGAGCAAGCUGAUGAACCGCCACUCGCUGGAGAUAUCUUCGGCCCUCAAUAUGUUCAACAUUGCCCCACACGGGCCCGACAUCUCCAAGAUGGGCAGCAUCAACAAGAACAAGGUCCUGUCCAUGCUCAAAGAGCCACCACUGACUGAGAAGUGCGAGGACGGCAAGGGGGAGCCCGUCUCCCACGAGGUGGCCACUCAUCCCUUCAUGAGGGCCAAGUCCAUCCUGCCGCUCACACUCCAGCACCUUGUUGCAUUCUGGGAGGACAUCUCCAUGGCGACCAUCAAGGCAGCCACCCAGAACAUGAUUUUCCCCAGCCCGGGCUCCAGCGCCAUCCUGAAGAAAAAGGAGAACAAGAAGGACACUAAGAAGUCCAAGAAGAAGAAAAGAGAUCAGGCGGAGGUGCGCCCCAGGGGGAACCUGUUUGGGGAGAUGGCCCAGCUGGCCAUCGGGGGACCAGAGAAGGACACCAUCUGUGAGCUGUGUGGGGAGUCGCACCCCUACCCUGUCACCUACCACAUGAGGCAGGCCCACCCAGGUUGUGGUCGCUACGCGGGAGGCCAGGGCUACAACAGUAUCGGCCACUUCUGUGGGGGCUGGGCAGGAAACUGUGGAGACGGAGGGAUCGGUGGAAGUACCUGGUACCUGGUGUGUGACCGCUGCAGGGAGAAGUACCUGAGAGACAAGCAGACUGCUGCCAGGGAAAAGGUGAAGCAGUCGAGGAAGAAGCCCCUGCAGUUGAAGAUGCCGCGGGCGCUGCCCACCAUGGAGGCCCACCAGGUGAUCCGUGCCAACGCCCUUUUCCUGCUUUCCCUAAGCAGCGCCGCCAAGCCCAGCCUGCUGUGCCACCACCCGCCGCGCCCACUUCACUCCCUGCUGCCCAGCCUCAAGGAGGGCGUCUCCGACGAGAAGCCCAACAAGAUGGGCUGUCUCUACCUGCAGAUGCUGGCCAGGCAACACACAGAGAACUUUGGUGGGUACCAGGAUGACAACCUGUUUCAGGAUGAGAUGAGGUACCUACAUUCCACGUCUGUCCCUGCACCCUACAUCUCAGUCACCCCCGACGCCUGCCCCAACGUGUUCGUGGAGCCCGAGAGCAACAUGAAGUCAAUGCCACCCAGUCUGGAGACCAGCCCAAUCACAGAUAGUGACUUGUCCAAGAGGACGGUGUUCCAGAGGUCUUACUCUGUAGUGGCCUCUGAUUAUGACAAGAAGCACUUGGCCUCUCCGGCUAGGGUCAAAGCCGUGCCCAGACGGGGAUUCCACAGUGGGGAUGCAGCACUGUCCUCCCCUCCAGAUGUGGGCUCUUCUCUGUUGCGCCACCCCUCCCCGGAACUGUCCCGUCUCAUCUCGGCCCACGGAUCCCUCAGUAAGGGCGAGAGGAACUUCCAGUGGCCUGUCCUGGCCUUCGUCAUCCAGCACCAUGACCUGGAGGGUUUGGAGGUGGCCAUGAAGCACGCCCUGCGCAAGUCCGCCUGCAGGGUCUUCGCCAUGGAGGCGUUCAACUGGCUGCUGUGUAACGUGAUCCAGACCACCUCGCUGCACGACAUCCUGUGGCACUUUGUUGCCUCCCUCACCCCGUCACCCUUUGAACCCAAGGAAGAGGAGGAGGAAGAAAACAAAGACCCCGGGAACAAGAAAAUGGUGAUGGAGCAGGAGAGAGACCUGGCUGUGUGUGAGCACCCGCUGUCUGACAUUGUGAUUGCCGGGGAGGCCGCCCACCCCCUCCCCCACACCUUCCACCGCCUCCUCCAGACCAUCUCCGACCUCAUGAUGUCACUUCCUAGUGGCAGCUCCCUGCAGCAGAUGGCCCUCAGGUGUUGGAGUUUGAAGUUCAAGCAGUCUGACCACCAGUUCCUGCACCAGAGCAAUGUGUUCCACCACAUCAACAACAUCCUGUCCAAGUCAGAUGACGGCGACAGCGAGGAGAGCUUCAACAUCAGUGUGCAGUCUGGCUACGAGGCCAUGAGCCAAGAGCUGUGCCUGGUGACCUGUCUGAAGGACCUUACCAGUGUGGUGGACAUCAAGACGUCCAGCCGUUCGGCCAUGAUCGGCAGCCUGACGGAUGGCUCAACUGAGACCUUUUGGGAGUCGGGCGAUGAGGACAAGAACAAGACCAAGUGCAUUACCAUCAGCUGCGUCAAAGGCAUCAAUGCCUCUAACAUCACUGUGCACGUGGACAACUCCCGUGACAUUGGGAACAAAGUCACCUCCAUGACGUUCCUGUGUGGCAAGGCCGGGGAGGACCUCUGCAGAAUCAAACAGAUGGACCUUGAUUCGCGUCACAUGGGCUGGGUGACCAGCGAGGUUCCUGGGGGAGACCACCAUGUGAUCAAGGUGGAGCUGAAGGGGCCCGAGAACACGCUGCGGGUGCGCCAGGUCAAGGUGCUGGGCUGGAAGGCUGGCGAGAGCAUCAAGAUCGCAGGGCAGAUCUCGGCCAGCGUGGCCCAGCAGAAGAACUGCGAGGCCGAGACACUCCGUGUUUUCCGCCUCAUCACCUCACAGGUAUUUGGGAAGCUAAUCUGCGGAGAUGCUGAGCCAACCCCUGAACAGGAGGAGAUGAACCUGCUGUCAUCACCAGAGGGGGAGGACAAGGCGCCGUCAGACGCAGACCUGAAGGAACACAUGGUGGGCAUCAUUUUCAGCCGGAGCAAGCUGACCAACCUGCAGAAACAGGUGUGCGCCCACAUCGUCCAGGCCAUCCGCAUGGAGGCGACCCGGGUGCGCGAGGAGUGGGAGCAUGCCAUCUCCAGCAAGGAAAACGCCAACUCGCAGCCCAGCGACGACGACGCCUCCUCGGACACGUCCUCGGACGCCUACUGCUUCGAGCUGCUCUCCAUGGUGCUGGCGCUGAGCGGCUCCAACGUGGGCCGCCAGUACCUGGCCCAGCAGCUGACACUGAUGCAGGACCUGUUCUCUCUGCUGCACACGGCCUCGCCACGUAUCCAGAGACAGGUGACCUCUCUCCUCCGUCGUGUCCUCCCAGAGGUGACACCCGUGCGCCUGGCUAGCAUCAUCGGCAUCAAGGCCCUGCCGCCUGCCGAUAUUAGUGACAUCAUCCACUCGACCGAGAAGGGUGACUGGAACAAGCUUGGCAUCCUGGACAUGUUCCUGGGCUGCAUUGCCAAGGCACUCACCGUGCAACUCAAGGCCAAGGGAACCACCAUUGCCGGCACGGCGGGCAUGGCGGCAGGCAAAGGCAUCACUACUGUCACGCUGCCCUUGAUCUUCAACUCCAGCUACAUUCGCCGGGGGGAGAGCCACUGGUGGAUGAAGGGAUCCACUCCCCCUCAGAUCGCUGAGAUCAUCAUCAAGCUGGUCAAAGACAUGGCUGCCGGACACCUGUCGGACGCCUGGUCUCGGGUGACGAAGAACGCCAUCGCUGAGACCAUCAUCGCCCUCACCAAGAUGGAGGAGGAGCAUCGCUCGCCAGUCCGUUGCAUCGCCACCACCCGGUUGUGGCUUGCUCUGGCCUCUCUGUGUGUGCUGGACCAGGAUCAUGUGGACAGGCUGUCCUCAGGCCGCUGGAUGGGCAAAGACGGACAGCAGAGACAGAUGCCCAUGUGCGAUAACCAUGAUGACGGCGAGACAGCAGCCAUCAUCCUGUGUAACAUGUGUGGUAACCUGUGUACCGACUGUGACCGCUUCCUCCACCUGCACCGACGCACUCGCUCCCAUCAGAGACAGGUGUUUAAGGAGGAGGAGGAGGCAAUCAAGGUGGACCUCCACGAGGGCUGUGGGAGGACAAAGCUCUUCUGGCUUAUGGCUGUGGCCGACUCCAAGACCAUGAAGGCCAUGGUGGAGUUCAGGGAACACACAGGGAAACCAGCCUCCAGCAGCUCAGAUGACUGCAGGUUUUGUGGCACCAGGAACGGCACCGAGCUCUCGGCUGUGGGCAGUGUCUGCUCAAACCCAGACUGCCAGGAGUAUGCCAAGCUGGCGUGCAGUAAGACCCAAGCAUGCGGCCACCUCUGUGGCGGGGUGAGGAAUGAGAAGAGCUGCCUGCCCUGUCUGCACGGCUGCAACAAGAGCGAAGGCUGCCUGAAACAGGACGCAGACGACAUGUGCAUGAUCUGCUUCACUGAGGCGCUCUCUGCCGCUCCCGCUGUCCAGCUGGACUGCAGUCAUGUGUUCCACCUCCAGUGUACCCGUCGUGUUUUGGAGAACCGCUGGCUCGGGCCCAGGAUCACCUUCGGCUUCAUGUCCUGCCCCAUUUGCAAGAACAAGAUCAACCACUCGGUCAUCAAGGACCUGCUGGACCCUAUCAAGGAGCUGUUUGAGGACGUACGGAGGAAGGCUCUGAUGAGGAUGGAGUACGAGGGGCUGCACAAGAGCGAGGCCAUCACCACGCCCGGUGCCCGUUUCCACAACGACCCGGCCGGCUUCGCAAUGAAUCGAUACGCCUACUACGUCUGCUACAAGUGCCAAAAGGCGUACUUUGGGGGAGAGGCGCGCUGUGACGCGGAGGCAGGACAGGGAGACGACUACGACCCCAGCGAGUUGAUCUGUGGAGCAUGCUCAGAUGUGUCCAGGGCACAGAUGUGUUCCAAGCAUGGGACAGACUUUCUGGAGUACAAAUGCCGGUACUGCUGCUCGGUGGCUGUCUUCUUCUGCUUCGGCACCACUCACUUCUGUAACGCCUGCCACGAUGACUUCCAGAGGAUGACCAGCGUGCCCAAGGAGGAGCUGCCUCACUGUCCUGCAGGUCCAAAAGGCAAGCAGUUGGAGGGGACAGAUUGCCCCUUACACGUGGUUCACCCACCUACCGGCGAGGAGUUUGCCCUGGGCUGUGGAGUGUGCAGGAAUGCCCAUAGCUUCUAAAAACACCCAGGUCUGAAAACUGAGAGACACGUACCGAACACUCCUCCUACUGGGACUGCAGGAUGUUGGCUGCAGCCUGAGCCCAGCCUGUCAAGUAUCUCCUCGUGUUGGCUUUCAUGUUGUCAGAUGGCCCUGGACACUGGAUCAGGCUUUCUACCGUACCCAAGAGUCCCAAGUUGUGCUCUUCGACCUACCAACCAGAGUCUUUGUGGCUACUACAAAACACACAGAGUUGAGGCUCUAUGUGCAUUCCAGAGGAAUCUCUAAUAUAUAAUAACUAAACUUGUGACCUGUUUGCAUGUGGCCGUUGUGACCCCUUGGCUUCCAUAGAAGUUGACCAGAGUCUUCGAGGCUACUACAAAACACACAGAGAGUUGAGGCUCUAUGUGCAUUCCAGAGGAAACUCUAAAAUAUAAUAAUUAAACUUGUGACCUGUUUGCAUGUGGCUGUUGUGACCCCUUGGCUUCCAUAGAAGUUGCACACCUCCCGAUCACUGAAGUGUAACAAUGUAUUGAAUAUUGUUUUUUUUUGCUUAAGGCAAUUAGGAUGAACAUGGGAUAUAUACAAUGAAAAAAUAUGAGACGGGUUGUAUUUCCAGCUUCCUAACAAUGAAAUCAAAAUAUUGUUGUAUGUAAACAGAUUUUUUUUGUAAUCCUGUACAUUUAUUCUCUCCACUGUCGAGUGCAUCAUGGGUUGACAGACAAAAAGGUGGUGAAAAAGACUUAAGAAUAGGUUUAGGAGGAAAAUAGUGUGCAAUUGAUCUAAUCUUGUAUAUAAUGAUGCUUUCUGAAGUUGCUGCUCUACACUUCAAUUGUGUUUGAUAUUCUGGUUUAUGUUUUGAGCCAGAACUUUUAAUGAAGUGCAAUACUGGGUGUGCCUCCUAUCUUGCAGCAGUUUAUCCUAUGGAAUGUAUGUCGAUAAAAGCCACUGUACAUUUUUAUAUGGCGAUAAACAGUCAUAUUCCUCCAACUCAAAAUGUCAGAUCACUUCUGUUUUCUGAAAAUGAUGAGGAGCCCAGCGUCUGCAGUGUAUGAAGGUUGAUUGAUGUGAACACUUUUUUUCUGCUCCACAAUCAGAAAAAUGACGCUGCGGUACAAACCCUUUUUUCUGUGUUUUCUUUUAACGACUCAGAAGGUGACUAUGCUGUAGGCUACCGUUCUAUUGUAAAUGUGCGGUAACUCAACGUGUUGGGGGGCCAGUCUUCAGAACCAAAUAAUAAAAAUAAUUGUGAAUAUCCGUGAUGCUUUUCCAUCAGUAGGAGGCAGUGGGGACAUGGGGGUCUGAGAAAAAACAAACGGCUGUUGUUAUAAAAGCUUAUUACUUGUAAUAUCUGUGGUGAAUGGAUUUGAAUGGAAAUAAACCAGGUUCUCUGUUUCGGAAGGUACA